UUCCUUUUUGCAUUUGACUAGUAUGACCCAAGCAAGGGUAGUGUAAAUUCAAACUGUAAGGGCAGCGUCGGGUACGUAACAGCUGAUUCAAACAAGUCGAUUCGCUGACGGAACUAGCGUCGGAGUAAUAACUGUCUUGUAGAGAGGGCGCUUGCGCCCUCGGCGGGUUGUCUAAGCAAAUCGACCCACUAGAUAAGAAAGCUUUACCGACCGUCGUAGACAAGAGUGCGGGAGCUAAUUUAAUAUAACUUUGACGUUUGAGAAUCGGGAAAGGUGAGAAAUUUUAAUCGUGUGGUGGCAGUACUGUCGCGAGGAGGCGCAGCAACGUCGAGACGCCAGAGCCGAGGAGAAGGAUGACGACUACGAGGACGGUGAUGUCGACUUGUGUCGGGACUUGGAGGAUCUAGGACACAGACGCCAGCGACGGCGAUGGCUGCUAGCAUAGUGAGCUGACCUACGACAGUCUGAACUGUUAACUGUCAGUGUCAUUGGGAUUGAAAGUGUUUGUGUGGAAUUUUCGCGAGGCCGAGAAGCACAGAAAUUUUAUAUACAUAUCACAUAUUUGUGACAUGUGUCGGUGAAUAAGUUCAAUUAAGAAGUGGACAUAUGUCCCGUGAGGAAGUAGAAUUCCAGUAAUAAUUGGCACGUGAGGGUACUGUACGGUGAAAGUUGUAGUCGUCGUUAAAAUUGCUUUUGGCAGUUUUUAACAUUUAUUUAUCAAUCGAGGAACCGCAUAUCGACAUCAUCCGCAAUACCCGUGCUUUCAUCCUUGUAAAUUCUUUACUUGAAUCUUCGGUAUGAGUACAGGAAGAAGUGUGCGCACAGACAAAAGAUGACACCAAGAUGUCACCUGCUGGCAGGGGUGCGCAGGACGGUCUUGGUCGCAGGCGUCCUGGCCCUUGUCAUCCUGGCCUUGUCCAAUCAGGAGGACACGAACGACGUACAUCAAGUAAUUGUUCCUGAGGAAUAUCUGUCGCCAGAGGAAAAGCUCAUGGAACAAAACGUUAUGGCGGAUACGGAAGUGCGCCUUGCAGAGAGGCGAAAGUUUCUCGCUGAAAAAUGUUCCCAGGAGGGUCUGGAUCGUCCCGGUAACGACUCUCUUCAUCGGCCUAACGCCUGGGAGUUUCUUGUUAAUCGCGAGCAUCAUAUUAUCUGGUGUAAUAUAUUUAAAGCGGCCUCCACCUCGUGGAUGUAUAAUUUCAAUUUGUUAGCCGGUUACAGUCCACAGUUUCUGAAGACCUCGAAGACUGUACCGAUGACACUAGCACGACAGAGGUAUCCUAGGCCGACUGCCGAGGAACUUGCCAGGUACCUUAAUGACAGCAUCAGCUUCCUCAUCGUUAGGCAUCCCUUCGAGCGACUUCUUAGCGCGUACAGGGAUAAAUUAAAGCAGAGUCUCCCGCACACCUACCACAGCAAGAUAGGUGCGAGUAUAGUGUCUCAUUAUAGGCCUAGGGAUCCCAAAACUGGUAUGAUCCAAGGACCCAAGUAUCCACUUUUUGAAGAAUUUGUUGCCUGGCUCUUGUGCGACUGGAAAGCUGGAAAAGAGCUUGACAUGCACUGGACUCCAGUGGCUAAUUUCUGCACGCCUUGUCAAGUGCGCUUUGACGUGAUCGCCAAGUUUGAAACUUUGCACGACGAUCAGAACUUUCUGAUCAAACAAGCACGGGUGGGUCACAUUGUUAAGCCUGAAUGGAAAAAUUCAGCUCGUGGUGUUCAGACUAAGGACGUCAUAAAGACGUAUUACGCACGACUCACAAAUAAAAACAUCGAAGAACUUUAUGAAAUGUUCAAAUACGACUUUAUAUUGUUUGACUAUUACCCUGACGAGUAUUUUAAUAUCGGUAAGGAGCACAAUAACUUGGCCUCUUGUAGAUUCUCGUAAACCCCAUUCUUUAACGAGUGAAGAUAAAGUAGGGUUGAACGUAAGCAGGUGGAUCGAAGAUUGCGCUCAACACGUCUUCAUAAGUCUAAUAGAAAUAUUUUCGGUGCUAUAGUGAUGUAAGAGUUUUAGAAAAGUAUGCUCAAGUUCCAAAUAAACUAGAAAUUCAACAUUCUUCUCGUA